AGGUCUUGCUAAGUUGCCCAGGCUGGUCUUGAACUUCUGGCCUCAAGCAAUCCUCCCACUUUGGCCUCCCAAAGUGAUGGGACUGCAGGACUAUGGCAGCUAAGGACGCCACUUCAGGCAGCCUGUCAGAGGAGAGCAGUGCUUUGGACCUGCCAUCUGCGUGUGACAUAAGAGAUUAUGUCCUGCAGAGACCCAACCAAGACACCAACAGUGAGGCUUUCAGUUCUGUGGAAUUCCAUUCUUUUCCUUGCUCUUCUGAUGUGGAUCCAGACACCAGUAACCUAAAUACAGAACAAAAUAACUCUUGGGCCUCUGAGAACUUCUGGCUUGACCCUGCUGUGAAAGGCCAAUCAGAGAAGGAAGAAGACAAUGGCCUUCGGAAAUCCCUGGAUAGAUUCUAUGAAAUGUUUGGCCAUCCACAGCCAGGCUCUGUGAACCCACUCUCUGCAUCUGUCUCCAAGUGCCUGUCUCAGAAAAUCACUCAACUAAGAGACCAGGAGAGCCAAAGGUAUGUCCUCCGCAGUUUUCAAAUGGCCCGGGUCAUCUUCAACUGGGACGGCUGCUCUGUCUUACAGAGGCAUUCCAGGGACACCCACUUCUACCCACUGGAGGAAGGAAGUACAUCUUUGGAUGAUGAAAAGCCAAAACCAGGACUGUCGAAAGAUAUUAUUAAUUUCCUCUUGCAGCAAAAUGUAAUGAAAGACCCAUAACUGGUGCUGGGCAAUGUGCAGGGUAGUAUUGGAGGUGCCGUGCCAUGCCAGCAGCACUGUUGGUGGCCUCCCAGAUCCCCUGGAGUCUCGUGCUAGCUCUGUGUGCCCAUCCCAAUUAAGUGCUUUGUGGUUAAAGGCUGGCACCUGUGACCUGGUAUUAGAGCCAGUCAGCCCAUAUGGAGAGCCAGCAGGGUUCUGGGAGUUCUGUGUCCCUGUGGCCACCCCACCUCCCACUCUCCUUGGCCAAGGCCACCGAUUGACUGGGCUACGAGUCAAAAGCCCAGCUCCCUUGCCUCAAGGAAGGACGUUCUUUGAGGCAUAAUUUAUGCUCUAGAACUCCUUUCCUUGAGAUCAGGCUAAGGCUGGGACUUUACAUGAAAUCACGCCCUUGGUGGGCAUAAUCCCUUUGCCUAUCCUCCUCCCAUUUAUUUUCUGCUGCACCUGGGAGCCUUUCCUUAAUAAACCUCUUAUAUCUGAA